CUGCGGGAUGGCAGCAAGAGCGAAACGAGCCAAGGUGGAGGAUGGCUCGGAGCUGAGCCCUCUGCAGAGCUUUUUGCAGUGGUGUGACGGAGUAGGCCUGGAGCUCAGCAGUAAGGUGUGCGUGAGUAAAGAGGGGACCGUGGCCGAGUACGGGAUGCUGGCCAAGGAUGACAUAGAGGACGGGGAGGUUUUGUUCACCAUCCCCAGAUCAGCUCUCCUCCAUCAGGGAACAACCAAAGUUUCUACCUUGCUGGAGAAAGAGCGGUCGACUCUGCAGAGCUCGUCGGGUUGGGUUCCCCUGCUGCUGGCUCUGCUGUAUGAAUACACAUCCUCACAGUCCCACUGGAGAGCCUACCUCUCUUUGUGGACAGACUUCAAAACACUGGAUCAUCCCAUGUUCUGGUCUAAAGAGGAGAGAGGCGGGCUCUUGAAGGGAACAGGUGUGCCGGAGGCAGUGGACAGGGACCUGGCUAACAUCCAGCGCGAGUACACAGAUGUGGUCCUGCCAUUCAUGAGCAGACAUCCUGACCUCUGGAGCCCCGGCACACACACACUGGACUUGUACACACAGCUUGUGGCCUUUGUCAUGGCCUACAGUUUCCAAGAGCCACAAGAUGAGGAGGAUGACGAUGAGGAGGAGGAGGAGGGGGAGGAGAAGCCUCCCAACCCACCAAUGAUGGUUCCCAUGGCUGACAUGCUUAACCAUGUGUCCAAUCACAAUGCUAAUCUGGAGUUCACACAAGUGAGGACACAUCUGUUACGGCAGCUUUGCACCUUUGAAAAUCAUCUACUGUAGAUAAAAGAUGGGAGAAGCCAGCGUGAUGCUGAUGAUUCGUUUUUGAUGUGCAAGACAAGCAAGAGGUGGCGAAACACUCG